AUGAGGCUUGAAAAAGAAAAAAAGAAAGAGAAAGAGAGGGAGAGAAUUGAGAAAGAGAAAGAGAUUGCGAGAGAGAGGGUUGAGCAGGAGAAGCUGAGACAGAGAGAGAAACCUUCGGAUGGUGCUCCUCACCGUGACAGCACUCGCUGUGUUCAAGGUGUAGGCACCACCAGCUUUCACUUUGCCACAGUCCUUGCAUCCCCAGAUGCCGACAGCUUUCCUCUUCACUGCAUACUUGCCACAGAAUUCACAGAAAACCGCGACUUCACCUCGCAAUUUCCGACCGAAGUCUCAGGCGACAAUUUCCCGUCUGAAGGCUCCGGCGCCGGUGUACCUCCACGAUGUCCGGUCGCGCUGUCGGACGUGGCCGAUCUGCAGGUUAAAUUCCACCACGGCCCCUCCUCCGCUGCACGCCGCUACUCUGGAUAUUCCGGCGGCCAUCUUCUUCCUUGCCCACCUCCUCUCCCACCUCCUUGA